UCUGUUUUUGUUCUGUCUCUCUCUCUCUCUCUCUCUCUCUCUCUCUCUCUCUCUCUCUGUGUCUCUCUUCCUCUGUUCUGUCUCUUUCUUGCUCUCUGUCUCUUGCUGUCUCUCUCUGUCUCUCUCCCUUCUCAAACUUCUUAGAGAAUAUUUUGGCCCUGGCCUGCGUAUAAAGCGAGUGAGUGUUUUAAGGUGGAGUUUAAAAGCGGAGACUCGCCCAGAGCCGAGCUCGUUCAUCUCCUCUCGCGCUCACAGGAUUAGGAGUUUGAGUUUGAUUGACAGCUCCACAUGCGAGACACUUGUACAAAUUUAAAUGUGCUAUUUUGAGCGUGGGGAGGGGGGUCAAGUGCCAUAUUGUACCUCCGCUUUCUUUCUCAAUCCCUCUCUCUUGGUCAGCCACACUGAGAGCAGUUGCUUCAAGUUUGUCUGCUGGAAGGAUUUUUACUUUAAAGUUUAACAUGGGUUGUUGUUUUAGUAAAGAGCUCAACCAUAAUCUGGUCGGCGAAAGAACGAGUCUUCUUCAGACGUCCGUUACUGAAAGCUGCACGGAUCAGGAUGUUAAACAAUACUCUUCUGUGACCGAGCUGGCCGAAGAGAAGCAUUCCGAGUACGGCCAGACCAACAGAGCCAUGGACAUGAGGAGUGAUGCCUCCUCCACCAAACUUUCAGCAAGUCUCAGUGCUUGUGAUAUGGGAAGCCGCACGGUAGCAUGGGAUGAGUUUAACGAUGACUCUCGUAAUAAAUCCCUGGGGGGCGUUUCAAAAGAUUCAGACCUUCAGACGGAGACGGCGGUGUUGAAAUCUGUAAGACGGAGAAUAGCUGAAAAUGCAGUAAAACGAGCCAACUGGUUCUGUGAAGUUGAGUCGUCUCAGCGAGCAGAUUCAACUCGUUUCAAACCCCGAUAUGAGAGCAAGACUGCUGCAGACGCACUCGAACCAAACGGUUGUCACGUCACAGCCACGUGUACGUCAGACGACGUCAGCCUGGAGGUCUCGAUCACUCAGGAGCAUGUUCAAGCAGAGUGCAGCACAAAUCAAAAACCUGACGUUUUCUUUACAACCAAAUAUCUGUACGAUGGUCUCCUCGAUUCAGAUGAGAAAAGAUCUGAUUUUCUCACAUCAGGGAGAACCCAAAGCUUCUACAGCAUCUGCUCGAUUGAUGCAGAUGAUCUUGGAGGUGAGCAAGAACCGGCAGCCAUGACACAGCCUGCAGCGUUCGAUCACGCAGAUUUAUUAGCUAAUACUGAAACAAAGGUCUUUAUCAACACCUCACUGAGUAAUGCAGCUUUAGAAACUUUCAUUGGGACCAAAGAAACACAAGAAGAUGGUGAGAUAGUGUCUAAAGAUCUCCCUGCAGAAGCGCUGCCCCAUGUACUCCCUGACGUCAUCGGGACGUUUUGUGACGCGGGCUCGCGUGAAGACGCAGUGUCAGAAACCCAUGUUUCUGUUCCUCCUGAAGACAUCGUGAUGGAGAUGAGUGGAAAGCACAGACACACAUCACACAUCACUGGUUUGCACAAGACUGUCGACGAAACCAUUCCUGAUCUGUUAGAAGGAAACGGCCGGCUCAGUGACUCUGUGGUGGAUCAUACAGACGUGGACUGUACAGGUCAGACACGUGUCAACACAGAUGCAGAAUUAAUGAACGAACUAGGCAUGACAGAAAUGGGAUGUGAACUUCUUCAUUGCUCAGAAACCACAGAGCAAGAACUCAAAAGUGUCUCCUCACAGUCCAGAAUCUCAGACAAUCAGGAGAGUCAUUUAAAUAGUUGUGUCGACUGUAGAGAACCCAAACCAGUAGAACCCAAUACAGAGGUGGACCUCAGCGUGAUGAGAGAAGUACUGCAUGAACUCGAGCCAUGUUCUCGUGUAAAACCUGAUCAUGAGUUUUUAUGCUCUGAGGUCUCCAGCAUCUCUCAGUUUGUUGAGGACGAACCUUCAUCUUUUGUUACUUCUUCAUUAGAAAGUGAUCUGAAGAGGCGAGGGUUUAUCACAGAGAACAGCUUCCGAGACGCUGACGUGUUAAACCUGAGCUGUAAAUCCUGUUUAUCUCCUGCUAAAGACGGCGUGACAGAACCGGCCAAGUCCAUAUGUUCUUAUGCUGAAAGGGAAGACCCGGCCACAGAACCGGAACCCAGAUCCAAGUUUAACUCUCCUCAGAACUUAAACUGUUUGACCUCAGAAGAUAUUUCAGGAGGAAACGGUGAUGCGCUUCAGCCGGUGAUGUUUCAGACAGGGUUAGUUGAUUACUCUGGGUUUGAUGCAUGUUCCCUGCUGAGUCACUGUGAUGCAGAAAAGAGAGAAAUUAACUUUGGCAUGGAGGACGUCACCUGUCACAUCUCAUCCACCGAGCUGUCAGACCUAGCGCAGGAAUCUGAGCGUGUAGAGACGAGCGAGAAUUCCGUGCAUGUAAACUCCAACACUGAUUAUCGCCGUCCUCUCCACGCUAAUCAGAGUUUAGUGAAGGAUUUGGGAGAUGCUUUACAAAACCCGGAAGAUCUCAAAACCAGUGAAAAACAUAUGUUUCCAGCUAUAGCUCAAGAAAGUUUUAACAUGAAGGAAGAUGAUGAUUGUUGCCUGAAAGAGAAGGAGACCCUGAUUAAACCCGAAUGCUUUAAUGAACACGUGCUGGAAGGACCGAAUCAGAUUUUGUUAAGUAUCUGUCCUCUUAAAACUCCUGAAAAGGAACUGCAGUAUUCCAGGUCCAUGGAUUUUGACUUUACUUUUGGCAGAAAUAACGAUGAGCAGGUGAUGUGUUUAUUUCUGGAAGGCAGCCGGGAAAACGCAACUCUUUCUGUCCAGUCGUCUGGUCAGGCCGAGCCGCAUGACACCUUCGAGUGCGCCACGUUGUCUAUAAACAGUACACAGUGCCAGAGCGCUCACGUUCUCACACACACUUUUUUGGGGAAGACUCACGUGCAAAGCUCCUCCGAGCCGCCCAAUCAUGAGCCAGAAUUGACACACAGAGAUGUGCAGGACGUGCACACGAUCGGCUCUGCCGAGCAGCAGGUGGUGAUCAACUACAGAGUUCCUCUUGGGAGAACCAUGAGACCGAUGUUUGAAAUUGGAGAACCAGCACAUGCCUUAGAAGGACAUGAUCGCUUUGAUGAAGGCGUGGAGAGCUUUGUGACGAGCAGACUUCAGGGAUAUCAGCUUGAUGGGUUGCAUGCUUCAGGUUGUAGUCUCGGAACUGCUGGAAUGUGCCCCAUCCCCAAUUUCAGUGACGAUAACAAGGCUAUCCCUCUCCCCGUCGAACCUGGCCAGGUCGACCUGUACGCCAGCACGCCUUCGUAUGAGAUUCACUUUCUCAGCCCAAACGCCAUCACGGUCCCGGUACAGGUCGAAAAUCCACAAAGUCUGACCUCCACAAACGAUUUGGAAAGAGAACGAGGUGUUCUAAACAUGGUUUCGGACCUUCUUGGUAAAUCUGAGGUGAACGAGGACGGAGACUGCAGUCACUUCCUGUCUGUGUGGGCACGAGAACCUGAGCUGGAGUCAGCGUGGCAGUAUGGUCUCUCUGAGGCAGACCUGAUGGAACGAGAUGGACAGGAGGAGGGUAAAGCUGAUUCAGCUCUCGACUCCAAGCGUGUCCAAGCCUUCACAGAGGCGUACCCGUACAGCCUGGUAGUUUCUGAUGGGGCCUGUGUGUGGGAUUGGCAAAAUACUUACGGGGAACCCGAAUCCACCAAGGUCUCAGACCUUAACCCUAACGCAAAAGCAUGGGCCAGUUAUAUUCCUAACCAGGAGGCAUCUGGACGGGCCUACACACACGGUCUCCAGUCAUGGGUCGACUCCAGUGACGCAGGAAACACUAGCUCACGAGGUUAUGUGCCUGGUGAUGAUGGUGAGAAAUGGAAUGAAGAACCACAAGUACCCGUCUCAGUAGGACUGCCUUCAGCAGAACCACCAGAACCUCUGGAUAUGGAAACAGCAGAAAAUCAGUUACCCACCAACAUAAAGGGAAGUGAUGGCUCAGAUUCUUCCAAGCAGCUUGAAGACCUCAGAGAGCAGCUGAAGGCUACGCUGGAGUUUUGUCUCUCCAGGGAGAAUCUCGCCAAUGACAUGUACCUCAUCUCUCAGAUGGACAGCGAUCAGUACGUGCCCAUCGUGACUGUAGCUAAUCUCGAUCAGAUCAAGAAGCUCAGCACGGAUGUCGAUCUUAUUGCAGAUAUUUUAAAGACACUUCCUCUUGUGCAAGUGGAUAAAUGUGGUGAGAAAGUGCGACCGAAUCAGAAUCGCUGCAUCGUUAUCCUCAGAGAGGUUCCUGAAGCCACUCCCGUUGAGGAAGUGGAGUCGCUCUUUAAGAGUGAUAAAUUACCCAAAUUUGUCCAUUGUGAGUUCGCCUAUAACGAUAACUGGUUCAUCACGUUUGAGUCUGAGGCAGAUGCGCAGCUGGCGUAUCAGUAUCUCAGAGAGGAAGUGAAGACUUUUCAAGGAAAGCCUAUAAAGGCGAGGAUCAAGGCCAAGGCCAUUGCGGUCAACACUUUUGUGCCAAAGAAUGGAUACAGACCCGUGGACAUGUCCUCAAACCUGCAGCAGCGUUAUACCUCAUACUACAUCCCGCCUGCGUUUGGGGCGCAGCAGCAGUUCCCCCCGUUCUACAGACUAGUCACUCAUCAGGGCUGGUCCACCACACAGGGCUACUUGGAUCCCAGUUUGGUUACUCCUUUCACUAAUCCUGGAUUCAUCAACGGCUUCGCUGGAUCUCCCGCUUUUAAAUCAGCCGCUCCACCUUUAACUGCCAGAUCGUUCCAACCCAGGAACCGGAACCACAAUAAGAGCCACAUUCGACCCUCAGCACCAGCUGCAGAACGAGGAACCGGUUUGUUGGAGAACCCCGGUUCCUUCACCAGCUCUACAGAGCGCAUUCCCAACGGGACCCGGCCUCCACACACACAUCAGCUGGGCAGCCGGCCGAGAUUACCCAGCGCUCCGAGUUACCCUCGCAGGGAGCAGGUCGGGAGCGGACGCAUGGAGAUGAACGGAGCAGAUUAUUCACCUGUCAUGGGGAGGGGAAGGAGAAAUGGCUAUGGCUACAAGAAAAGGAGAGAAGAUAAGUUUACAAAAGCGUCCACACAGUCGCCCCCUCCAGCCCAGGAGCGUGUUCCUUCUCCCAGUUUUGAGCUGGGACUGUCGAGUUUCCCUCCCCUGCCUGGUGCUGCUGGAAAUCUCAAACCUGAAGUGAAGACUGAGAGCAGCCUGGAGAACCGACUGUCUGACAUCGUCACUGGAGCGGCUAAAGACAAGCAGCUUGUAAAUAAGGACACCAUGAGCAGCCGUGUGAGUUCAGGAACCCACAGAGAACCAACACAGACUGUUAAUCCUGUUCCUCAGCCUGCAGUGGAACAGCAGAACCCACUGUCUCCCACCUGCAAACUGAGCUCAGUGAAGUCACAGGAAGUAAAGCUGAAGGAGAUGAGCUCACCUGUAGAGGCACCUGCAGUGUCCGAUCCUAAAAGUCCAAAUCCAGUCCAGAUUACUCCAACUACAGAGCCCCGGAAGCCGAGUUACGCAGAGAUCUGUCAGAGGAUACGGGAGGCACCGACGCAGCAGACACCAGUCGAGUCCAAACCCACCACCUCUUCUCCUCCUUCCACAGAAGAACCUGCCUCACUCGACUCUGCAGAACCCAAAUGCAGAGAACCCCGGCCCGUGUCUGCCAAACCUGUGCCUCACCGAGCCCGAGAGGCCUGGAAGUGUCAUCAGGUGGUCGGAGACACGGCGCCUCAGUCCUGAGAACCGAGCGGUGACUGAGGAGCGAACACUAGGCGGGUCGGGGCACUCGGUACCGUCUCUUGGCUCGACCCGGCUGCACAUGCACAUAGUGAACACGGACACUGGAAUCAGGGCCUGCAGAUGACCGCACUCAUGGGUGCAUGAGGGUUCUCAUUUUUACCCCGUUUUCAUUUACCACAGGUUUAUUUUUCGUUUGAGAUGUGGGGUUGUGGGUUGUUGUAGGAGGACAGUAGGAUAAAUUUACCUGCACUGUCAGACAUGAAGCUUUUUUUUUUUUUUUUUCUUUUUUUUUUUUGUUUUUGGACAGAGGUCAGGGAUUUUUGUUGUUCAAGACUAAAGUAGUGCUGGUAGCAGCGAGUACAGACUGAAAUAGUGCUGAUCUGAAUUUUCAGUUCUUUGUUCUUCUUUUCUUUGCAUUGAUAUGUUUUUUUAAAUCAGAAUGUAUAUAAUUUUGUAACCCCAGUGUACUGGCACUAACACACUGGUCUGAUUCUGUUUCUCUUUUCUACACCAGGCUGAACACUCGUAGCGGUGAGGCCGGCGUGAUUCAGUCUGAUUCGUGUUUAGUUUUUAUGUAAUGCGUUGCCACUGGAAGAGAGUUCUGAGCGCUGAUUUUUUUUUAAACCAGCACAAAUAUGAUAAUCCUUUUUUUUUUUUUUUUUUUUUUUUUUUUUUUUAUCAUUUGUACUGAUGUGGUAAAGUAGCUGGUGUAACCGUUACCUUGUCCUGUGUGCAUGCCUUUUUUAUGUCUGAUUUAUUUUCCUUUUUCCAUCUACUUUCUUUCUUCUUCUUUUUUAAACACUUUUAAUAGUUUCUCCCAUUCCUAAACUGCUUUAGAAGUUUCUGAUCUCGUGUGUAAGAGACGUCUAUAACAACACGUCAUCACACUUUACAAACAAAACAGUAAAAAAAAAAUAAAUAAAUAAAUAAAAAAAACAGGUUCUGACGUGACUGACACAACACACGUCUCCUGAACACUUUUCUGUGUGUGGUGAUGAUGCACUUCUCUUGUUUUGUCUAUUACAGUACAGCGUAUUUUACAGGUGUAUCGUGCAGGUGAGGUGCUCCACCUCGUCACUUCCUGUUUCGUCUCUCAGUAAGAGGAACCGUUGAGACUCAUCUCUGCAUAUUCAUAUUCUCAGAAGAUUGUUUGAGGUUGUGUGUAUAAAAUGUACAUUAUUCACUCCCUCAACCUGCUACAGUCACGGACCGUGUCUCACGUAUCCGUCACGUCUCUUCCUGAAGCUUCUCUCUCGUUUACUCGCUUGGUCACGUGUUCAGUUUGUUCUCAGAUCCUGAUGGAUAUUUUGUGCAUUUGUGUUUUUGGCAGAGAAGCCGGUCCCGUCUCGUUGUCUUCCUGCUGUGUGGAGCUCAUCACACUGCUCGGACAUCGUUAUUCUCCUAAACUGCAAUCUCCCAUUUAAUAUCUAAUGUUUUUCUGUAAUCCAAUCAUCAUCAUCACAAACAGAUACAGGUCUGAUGAAGAACUUCAGUAUGGUCAGAAGCAUCAUUAUAAUUUCACAUUGUUCCACAACUUGAAUUUUUUUUAUUUUAAACUUGAAAUGUCUCUGCCUUAACUUUUUUAGAAGCAUGUUUGCAGUUAAUUUCAGAUAUAAAAUGCUGAUGUGGUUUAGGGAAGGUGCUCAGCCUGAGUUACUGCGUUUCUGUAGCACAACACUUAAGGUUAAAUUUGUUUUUUCCUCUUUCUCUCUCUUUUUUGUUUUCUUUUUUUUGUAAAAUGCUUCUGUUCAGAACUGUAAUGUGUGCACUUGGAAAUGUGUGCGUUCACUGUACAGAUGUAAAUAAUUGGGGAAAAAGUAAAAAAUGGUACCAUAAAUUGGUUAAGAGCAAGAUGUAUUAAAAUAAAUGUGGAUGAGAAACUGGA